AUGACGGUUUUAGACAAUCCAUUAUAUCGGCCACUUUUGGAGGCGCUUCGGUCCGCCAGAAACGGUGUUGUGUACGGCGGAAAGCUCCGGUUCUCACAUGCUUUGGUCAUCAAUCUCUUGUACCGUCUGGGACCAUUAAAACCACGUUUGACUCAGGUUCUUCAAGCCACCAAAUCUCACGCAGAAGUUUUGGCGGCUUUUGCCACGAUUUACCAGUUGGCGGUGAAGGUGUUGCUGCAUGACCAAGUAUUGGGGGGAUCCAAGGGGUUGGUGAAAUUUUUAGCUGGAAGUUUUGGAGCAUGGAUCGUUUAUUCUCAACACUUUCCAUAUUUUCAUCCGGGAAUAACCCACCAAAUCACGUUAUAUUGCUUUUCCAGAGUGUUAUUGGCGUCGGGAAAGAUAGCGUUGGACAAAUACCUUCAUUGUGCCCAACCAACGUUCACUAUUGGUGCCGAUAAAGUAGCAUUCCGAGACCUCACCGACCACCAGCAAAAGAAGCUCAAACAUGGAAUUUACAACAGUCUGUGGAAAUACUUUGCUGUGGCGACAUGGGGUCUUGUAAUGUUGUUCUACGACACCCAUCCGCAGUAUUUACAGAGCUCGUUGCGCCAUUCGAUGGCAUAUAUCUACGAUGUGGAGAUGGAAUCGUGGUCCACGUGGAGGGAGUUUUUGAGGGUUCUGAAGAGAGGGAAAGAAAGGAAAGGAAAGAGAGACGUAAGGAGGAAGUGUAUCAUGUAA